AUGUCGCCAAGAACAUCUCAAGAGUACUCUCCGCUUACCAAGGAUAUAUCUCAUGGCGAAAUCACGGCACCACAACAGCAACAAAGUCACGGAUGUACUCGUCCUACGAUCCGCCGCAGUUGGUUGACGCUCACGAAUGCCGAAAAGAAAAACUACAUCGACGCUGUCAAAUGUCUUUCAACCAAGCCGUCAUAUAUGGUGCCCAAUACGACUCUGCAUGAUGAUUUCACUUGGAUUCAUAUUAAAGACGGGAACUUUCAACACUUCGCUGCUGGAAAUCUGCCAUGGCACAGAAUGCACCUUCAUCUUUACGAGCAAGCUCUCCGCAAUGAGUGUGGAUAUGAUGGAUAUCUAAUCUAUUGGGAUUGGGAAACCGAGUAUCUAGAUCCUUAUUCUUCGAACAUUUUCGAUCCCGAAACCGGCUUCGGUGGCAACGGAGACACAAGUGGACCAUAUGUUGACCAGACUCACGGAGAUAAGCUCGACCAGAAUCGCUGCGUCCUCAACGGCCCUUUCAAGGAUUUGACAGUUGCUUGGUACGCUGCAUUCCCGCUUGAAGGUCCUAUGGAUGUUCGUUCAGUGUACCAUUGCUUGACACGUAGUUUUGCCCCCAACUUCAAGGACCUUAAGGCUAUAUCAGGAACUUUCACCGAUAUUGCCUUUUCGCCCGCUCGUCUAGAGGAAAUUAUGCAGACUGACGACUACAACACGUUUAAUUUCGCUAUGGAGGUAUUGCACACUUGGCUUCCCAAAGCCGUUCUGGGCGAUUUCGCAACUCUGUCAGCAACAAAUGAUCCGUUGUUCUAUCCCCAUCUUGCAAACAUUGAUCGACUUUGGUGGAAGUGGCAACAAAAGGACGGUCAAAAGAAUAUGAUGAAAUAUGGAGGGCCUGCAGUGCUUAACACUGAGAUUCCAUCAAGCCUGGAUGAUCCCAUGCCCUUCCCGACUUUUCCGGGAAUGCCAAGGACUCUUCAGGCCAAGCACCUGAUGAAGACUGAGUCUGAGAUGUUUUGUUAUCGCUACUAA